AUGUAAGUUCCACCCUUUAUGAUCCAUAACUUUUGACCAGAAAGUCGUAGUAACAUGGAACAAAGAGCUACUUGAAGCUCUCGUUUUGCUAAAACAAAUAGACUCCAUUUUGACUCUGUAGCUCCACCACAAGACAGUAAAAAAUCUAUUUAAAAGGUUGUUAUGCACAGUGUCACCAUGGCCAACCAUAAAAUUUCAAAAUUUCUCUGCGCAAACUAAAUGUCCAAGAAUAAUUCAUUUGAAACACCCGUGGACUUACAGUAUCGUAGCUCUAUUAGACCUCUAUAGUCUAUACUGUCAAUGAUAUUCAUUGAAAAAGAACUGCCCAUCCAAUGGUCUAUUGUCUUAUAGUCAAAAUGGUUUUACCUCGGACUUUACUAACAAGCUACUUUCUUGAGUUUCUUCUAGUUGGGUCUUCUCAAGCAACAAUUUUAUCUCCACCAAGUGAUACUGUAUGUCAAGGAGAAGUACAAACAAUAACUUGUACCGUAACUGGAUCUCAAGUGCUCCUAUGGACAUAUGGAGGAGAUAUAACUAGCUUCAGUAGUGGAAGCACUCUCCCACAGUAUAUUUCACCGUUUAAUUUUACAUUACUGUUUCAAGGUAACGAUACACUGGUUUCGGUUGCAAGUGUCAAUGUAUCUGCAUCAAUAAAUGGGAGUGCCAUUGAGUGUGAGGAUACAGCUGGUUCAAGACAACAAAUUACCUUUAACGUAAAACAUUCAGUACCUAUCAGUUAUCUUCAUGUUGUUGCUGUAUCAUCAGAUACAUUAUUAAUAAUUUGGACUGGAGCUGAUUGUAUACAAUCAUAUGAUGUAUUCAUUAAUGGAACUAAUGUUAAUACUACCAAUGGAAUGAGUCUAUUGUAUAAUACUGGAGGAGCUAUUGGUAGUAUUGAUGUAUUGGUUAAUAGUGUUGAUUAUUAUGGAAGAGCAGUUGGUAACUUAUCAACUCAAUAUCAAUUUAACAAGUAUAACUUUGAAGUUGAGGCUAUUAUUAGUAACAGCAUGUCACUGGUCAUAAUAAUUAAGGAUAAAUACAUCAACCAACAGCCUGCUUUAUUGUCCUGUGAAUUGACUGUAACUAACUUAACUCAGUCAUCAAUGAACUGUCUUCAUGAAAGAUUGUUUAUAUUCACUAAUGUCACUGAAGGAGAUGUGUAUAAUUAUACUGUUACUAUUACUAAUGUCAUUGGGUCUACUGUUAAGAAUGGUUCCAUAGAAAUUCCUUAUUUACCAGUUGAAGUGUGUCCUUCAGAAGUUCAAUACUCACCUUCGACAAUGAUAAUGAGUUCUGUUUCAUCAGUUAUAGAGCUAGGUACACCUACCAGUACAGUUUCUUCCAUUAGUUCUAAUUGUGUUCUUCCUUGGACAGUUGGUGUAUUAAUUGGAGCAGUAGUAGUAGCAGGGAUAACUGUCGUUUUACUUGUCAUUUUUGUUAUUUUAAAAAAGUGCUGUUACUUCUCGAGCAAUAAAAGUAAUAAUGAUAAUGAAAUUUGUUCAUUACUUUAA